AUGGCCAGCACGUUUCUACACCAUUUACACACAGGGUGGCAUGUUGAUCAGGCUAUUGUCCAGGAAGAUGAGAAACUAGUGGUGGUGCGGUUUGGCCACGAUCAAUCAAAGGAAUGUGCUCUCACAGAUGAGCUGCUUUACUCCGUCAGCGAGAAAGUGUCAAGGUUUGUGAGUAUAUACUUGGUGGAUAUCGAAGAAGUCCCCGAUUUUAAUGAAAUGUACGAAUUGGAUGAUCCAUGCUGUUUAAUGUUUUUUUACAAGAACAAACACAUGAUGUGCGAUUUUGGGACUGGGAAUAACAACAAGUUGAAUUUCCUACUUGAUGAUAAACAAGAGCUAAUUGAUAUUCUAGAAACGAUUUUCAGGGCAGCAAGGAAGAACAAGGGGCUUGCCAUUUCACCUUACGAUUACAACGAUAGAAGGGUUGCAUAG